ACCAUGAAGCUGAAUGAGCGGAGCCUGGCCUUCUACGCCACGUGCGACUCUCCGGCGGACAACAGCGGCUUCCUGUACAAGAAGGGGGAGCGGCACACGGCCUACCACCGGCGCUGGUUCGUGCUCAAGGGGAACAUGCUCUUCUACUUCGAGGAGCGCGACAGCCGCGAGCCGGUGGGCGUCAUCAUCCUGGAGGGCUGCACGGUGGAGCUGUGCGAGGCCGCCGAGGAGUUCGCCUUCGCCAUCCGCUUCGCGGGGGCCCGUUCUCGCACGUACGUCCUGGCGGCCGACAGCCAGCCCGCCAUGGAGGCCUGGGUCAAGGCCUUGUCCCGCGCCAGCUUCGACUACAUGCGGCUGGUGGUGCGCGCGCUGGAGCAGCAGCUGGAGCAGAUGCGGUCGGGGCCGGGGGGCAGGCCAAGGGCCGAACCCCUGGCCCCGCCCCGGAGGGAACGCUCGCUGCCCGCGGCCGGCCCCAGGGAGAACGGCUGCGCCGUGUGGAGUCACGAGGGCCCCGGCCUGCCCAACGGCAGCCUCCCCAGGACCGGACCCCCGCCCGUCCCGCCCCGCCGGAAGCCCUCCUCGGGCCCCGGCCCCGCCCCUCUGCUCGUCCCCGAGACGCCUUUCAGCCCCGGCGCCAACACCUUCUCCCGCCUCCACGACUGGUACGGACAGGAGAUCCUGGCCCUCCGGCGGGAGUGGCAGGAGAGCCGAGGCCAGCCGUGA